ACAACGCACUGCUCCACGCACCGCACGCACAGAGGACUGAGCUUUUUUCUUUGCUACGUGUCGCGUAAUGGCUUAUAUAUGAGCGAGGACAACACGAGACGGACAUAAACAUCACCUUGGAUCAGCCACAGUCCGUGCACGCGGAUACGGACCCCUCCCCGCGCGUGACACCAGCUGCAGGAGCACAGGAGCAGGACUAACAGUGGACAGAGCAGGACCGCAGCGGGAGUGUAUGGCUUUAAAAAGUUACUGCGAGGACAUGGACAUCUGACGUGCGCCGCGUUUGUUUCUGUUUGUGCGAGACUGUGUUCAUCUGUGGACUUAGGUACGAGUGGAGCUCCGUGCGCGAGGACUGCACGCGCUCACUAUAGCUGGAGCUCUGUGUGUUCGCGACAGUCUGCUUUGACAACGCACGCACGCGGACGCCGUGAACAAGUGUCACCGAGUCCCGUGUGUCACUCCUCCGCUUUGUCUCGCGCUGCGGGCGGCUGUGUGACUGCCCACAGCGCGUGCCCAUGUGAACGAGAGUCGUCACCUGUCCCGUAAAAGAGCCGUCCCAGACCCGAGGAUAGUGAUGCUGGCAGUGGAGGUAGAGAUGGUGCUGUUCGCCUGUCUGCUGCUCUGGAUGUGUGUUUUCAGCCAGGAGCCCAGCUCCAAAGUGGUCGCCGACCGCUACGCAGUCUUCUGGAACCGGACAAAUGCCAGGUUCCAUCGCGGGGACUACCACAUCGACGUGUGCAUAAACGACUACCUGGAUGUGUACUGCCCCCACUACGAGGAGAGCGUCCCCGAGGAGCGCACAGAGAGAUACGUGCUCUACAUGGUCAACUACGAUGGCUACAGCACAUGCGACCACACGGCGAAGGGCUUCAAGCGCUGGGAGUGUAACAGGCCCCACUCCCCCAACGGGCCGCUCAAGUUCUCCGAGAAGUUCCAGCUCUUCACCCCCUUCUCCCUGGGCUUCGAGUUCAGACCGGGACGAGAAUACUACUACAUCUCAUCGACCAUCGCAGAGAACGGAAGGAAAACAUGCCUGAAGCUCAAAGUAUAUGUCCGACCAUCAAACACCUGUAUCAAAACUAUAGGUGUACAUGACCGCGUUUUUGAUGUAAACGACAAAGUAGACAAUACGUUAGAACCCCGAGACGACACCAGCCACGAAUCCGCCGAACCAUCUCGAAGCGAAGAAACAAACGCUGCGUCACAUCUCCGGAAGUCCUCUCUUCUGGCCGUGUUGUUGGCGUGCCUAGUGGCUCUCUACACUUUAUAGCGCCCCCCCUCGUUCCUGGAGGGGAAACUACACCUAGCGUGGCCUGAAUCUGCAGGGAAAGGGGCGGGAUUUGGGUGGAGCGUGUCAGCCUGAUUUGGAGAGUCAGAACAAGCUUCUCAUGGAACCCUUUUUUCCAACGUCAAAAAGAUAUUUAGAUGGUCUUUUUCUCCGUUCGCAAGUUGGAAGCGGGAGAGACAAUUCCCCCUCUUAAACCUUCAAACUAAGAUGCCAAAUGCCAUUUUUUGACACUUAGUGAUUCUUGUUUUCCCGUGACUUUUUUGACAUCCCUUUAUAUGUUUUGUGGCUGCAACAUUGACAUUUACCCAUCCCACAGUAGCGCGCAUACACACAAAUCACUCUUCACUAAUAAUAACCCAUAGCAUAGGAGAUUGUCAGUUGCAUAGAUACUAGCCGUGUUUCUCCGUAGGGAUGUACGGAUUUAGCUCUUUAAAAUGCCUGUAUAUACAUGUUAAAAAGUUAUCCCGAGACCUCUCUAGAAGCCUUUCACAAUGUACGUACUGUAUGAUGGAAGCCUGCUGCUUGGUACAAUGCUAUUUUUGCACCUCUAUUUCGCCAAUGCCAGAGCGGCACAAAGAAAUGAAAAGAAAAACUGGCUCCGAGCCGAGGUCACAGAUUGGAGCAGCAAUGAAGGACAUGCACCUUAAGAGAUGCAAACCGUAUGCGCUGUCCUCCCUUGAAUUGACUGUGCGUAUGUGUACGAUGAUAAGGUUCUUUUUAGCGAUUGAAACAGCAGAAGUUGAUCUUGUAAACUGUCUCGGCAAGCGUUCCGUGAUCUGCAGCCGGGAUGAUGGAUCGAUAUCUUUUGAAAGCUGAUCACACAAUUUCACUGCGUCUGUCGCAUUCAUUUUAGCUAACGUUUACCGGGCUGCUGUUUAUAUUAAAGGCGCACUGCAAAACUUUUCUGGUGGAGGGUCCGCUACUUGCUUGUCUCCAUGGAAAUGUAAUUGCUUUGGUAUGACAUUAAACAUAUACGUCUAGCAUUUAUUCAUCACGGGUGUUUCUUUUACUCAAAAAUACAAUAAUUCUUUUUGUGAAUAGAGGCGAUUGUCCACAGAUCUGAAUUGUAAUAUCGUGUAGUGCCGUAAUCUGUCUCCCUCAUUAUAGAAAGGUUUAAUCUAUACACUACUCCACCAGAAAAGUUGCGCAGUGCACCUUUAACACUUCAUAAACAUUAGCAUCCUCGGCUAAAACAGGUUAGAACCUAAUUGGACAGUUAAUAUUUUACUAGAAUGUUAAAUUAUAUGACCUUGCAGCACUGUAUUUUUGUAUUUUGUACUGUUUUAUGGACAGUAAAAUACAAGUUUUAUUAUAGAAGACAUCACAACAAUAGAACUAGAUAGUUAAUUGGUCAUAUUCAGAACUAAUAGUCCAUCGUUCACGAAAUGUAGUGUUUAGUAUCCGCGGUGAAUUUUAGCUUUAUGUAGUGUGGUCAGUUUUAUGAUAGCACUUAAACUUAAAGGAAUACACUGUGCUUUAAUUAUGUUUUAUUCCCAAUUACACUUACAGUUAGCAAAUCAACCCCCUUUUUAACGUGCCAACACAUACAUACAGUAUCUCGUAGUAUGUUAAUACAUUUAAAUAAGAAAAACAAGAAUCUGGUUAAAAUUAAGAAUGCAUGCUGGCAGUUUUUUUGAGAUUCUUUUCCAGUGAUUUUCAAAACCGAUUUUAAUGGAAAGCACUUAAUUCAUAUUUCAAUAUUUGGUCCUGACAGCAGUGCAAACAUAUAAUUAGUAUACAGUCAAAAUAAACUCUAAAUGAUCUAGGUCAAUGUGUUCCCGCAAAAAAUCUGUGCCAAAUAUGCAGAUUUUUAUUUAAUUUAAUGUUUUAAUGUAAAUAUAAUGAAAGUUUUAGGAUAUAUUGCGGAAAUUUUGGUCACCAGCUUCGUAAUACUUUGUAGCUAUUUUCUUACAAUUGAUUCAGAAGUCUACUAUAGUGGUCAGAGUCGUGUACUUAUUUGACGUUUUUAGCUUCUACUGUCUACAGUAUUGAAAUAUACAUGGCCUAUCUUUUUUUUUUUCUCAGUAUAACAUAGUAGAAAAGCCUGGAUAUCCAUUAGUUACAUGUCCACCUUUGGCUCCAAGAAAUACUAGUUUAGAUCUCUCUUUAAUGAGGUUCAAAAUGAUAGGCAUUUGGACCCCAUGUCGCGGCAAUGAGGGAGCGAACUCUGGUAUUAAAAAUAGAUGGUGGAAGGCUUGGGGGGGUCUCGGGAGGGGAGGGUGUAGAUUUCCAUCGUGUGGGGGGUUCAAGCACCAAUGACCUUGCAGAAUCUGUGAGCGAAGGAGAUGGAAAGAAUGAGAGAAGAGACACACACAGCCCCAUAUCGUAGUGCCUAAACUAAACUCAGCUAAACCCCACUGAAAAACCAUCCAAACACGACAAUAUCAUUCAAAGGCAAGCACGGUUUUUGUUUUGUUCCUUUUGUCUAGCUGCCUUUUUUUACCUAACAAUGGACUGCCUUCAACUUUUUCGCGGUUUUGGUUUUUGCUCUGCUCUAACAAUGCUAUCACAGCGGCAUGGAGGCUCAGCUGUGUGGUCCGUAACUGGAGAUGGCCAUUUUAAUGCGGUACUAAUUUCCAAGAGAUUACCACAGGGAACUCACCGAGAAUCAAAAUGGACGCUUGUCAGCCUCUUCGGAAAACCAGCUUUUUGAUUGUACACUAUUACGAUUACCAAUAUUUGCCAUUAUCACUAAUAUCACCAUGGUUUAUUCAACUGGGAAAUGAGGAUCAACUUUUUUAAGUGGAUACUGUGUAUCCUGAGGUAGUCAACCAUAAAACAAGUAGUAUUUAGGUUAGUAUCCGUUUUGUACCUUUCUGGAGGACAAAAGAAAAAAGAGACACGUAAUUGUUAAACUGUAUAAUUAUUAUUGUUAUGACUAUUAUUAUUAUUAGGAGAGGAUCUUGAUGUAAAUAGUGUUUGAUAUUAAAGUAUUAAUUUGGUUCUUAUGUCUUUUCUAAAAAAUGAUCAUGGUAUAUCCUCAAUGCCUACUAAACUUUAAUGAGCUAUUGUACAGUCGGGGAGCUGCACAUGGCGAAAGUGUGCAGAUGGUUUUGGACUUUUAGCCGAAGAGGGGCUCACCUGUUCCAUGUUUUCAAACCAACCUCCGCCAUCUUUUUCACUAAAGGACCCUGCCUUGAAAGGACACUCGGAACUGGGCCCGGAUUUGGGAUUUUUUCUACUUGUUUUGCCUUGAGUGUUUGGAAGCAUGUUGGGGCGGCUGGGAGCUACGCCGCGGAGUGGACUUAACAGAAGGGUCUUGUCAGUUUUCAUUUUGUGGCAUGCGCAUGAACUUAAUGACAUGUUUGGAGUUUUCAAAAUGAAGUGUUUUUUUUUUUUUUUUUUCCUUCUUCUGUUAUCCUUUAGGUUUUCAUGUUAGAUCACGUUAUGUGUGUGUGAGUUUUUGCAUCCCCCAUUUGAGUGGCGUUGUGACAAAAUGUACAUAACACGAAUCAUUGUAAAGUUCCAGAGAAGGUUUGGCCACUUGUAGUUAUUUUCUUACCGAUGACCUCUUUCUGUAUUCAUCUACUAAACACAUCUCCAGUCUGUCCUUCUUGAGUAUCCAUAGUUCACUCCCAAAAGUGAACGGGAGCGUAUACAUCAAUGUGUGGACUUGGUAAAAAAAAAAAAUUAUAUACAAAAAAAAUACAAAAAAAACAAACAAAACAUGUGAGUUCCUUGGAUUUCUUGUGUGUGUCUCAUUGCUGUCGCCGCGGUGAAUAGGAAGCAGCUACCCUCUUUGGCAAAGGAGAGUGUUUCCCAUGCCUUAGCUCUCGAGCCUCAACCCUGGCAGCCAUGAUUGUGAUUGUGUGUAGAAGCUUUCUGCCAUUUGUUGUUUUUACACUCAAUGGUUGCUGGCGUCCAAGAAGCUACAGACAGGGCCCUCCUCUAUCCCUACUUCUUUUUGAACAAACCUCAUUUACUUCUCCCUGUGGUGUAAGUCCGCGGAUGGGCAGAGUUCGGGGGGAUUAGCGCCUCUUGUUCUACCAAAUCCGACAGCGUAGUGCUAGCCUGGCGAUGCCCAUUCUCCGAGCGGUACUCAAAGGGCACUGCUCCCACUCCAUUCUGUGCGUCCAUUCUUCGUCCCCGUGCUUGUAUAACCUCGGCCACUCCACCCGCUGUUCCUACUUUUGUCCAAGUUUUGAACCCGACCCCCACUUUGCCAUUUGUGGGGGAAUGUUUUCUGAACCUGCUCUUUUACAGUAUAUAAACCACAAAAAUGACAAAAAUAUCUGUAUUUGUAUAUACACGUGUCUGAGCUACUAUGAGUAAUACAAUAAAAUGGAAAUACAUUG